CUUACAUGUUAAACAAAAUUCGUGCUAAGUAAGCAGUUAAAAAUUAAAAUCACAUGAAAAUAUGGAAUUUUGAUUUCAUCACCGUUAAAGUCAAGAAAAUCGUUGUUUUUCCUGAGUCUACAAUUGAUAUGCAACUGACUGCAGUUUAAUAAGGUAAACAGCGAAUGUACUACUUUACAAAAAAUAUGUGCGGCUAUGUAGGACGUUGAUCUUCUGGAGAAAACCCGAUGAUCGAACAGAUGCCUCUGUGUAUUUUAUCCAGUGUACACGGAUCCCAAGGAAGUCGCUUUAAUUACAGAAGCUGAUGCAGCACAUAGUUUUCUUUUUAUUUGAGUUCGUUUCGGCACAGUUAAGGAGAGCAGAACAGUAGGAUGGAUGUUUAAGGUUUUAAAAACACGUUUCUGUUAUAAAACUUUUCAUAUUAUUUUGCUCGAACUAAAUUUGUUCUCAUUUAAAACUGAUCAUCACUUUGGGAUCAUACAAUCAGAGUGAGAAUAGAUGGAAAAGUGAUCAGUGAAGAUCAGUUCAACAUGAGUUCAUUCACUCGCAGUUUUAGUCUUUUCUGGCAAAGCAAUCCUCGACCCGCAGAGAUGGAAAGGUCCAAUACCCGUCUCAAGUCGGAAACAUCCCUCUACGGAUGGUUUAUGUUCACACCGUAUAGUCUUCAGUGCCUAGCGACGCCCUAUGGCGCUCUGGUCAUCCUCUGCCUGCAGACUUUAUUACAAGGUACUGUCGUCAACGGCAUGCUACGACAUUUUUCGUCGAUGAUCGAGAUCAGAUUCGGACUCUCUUCUCUCAGCUCCGGCAUAAUGAUGGGCGUGUUCGAUUUUGCCUGUGUCCUCUGCCUCAUCCCGGUGACCUUCUUCGGAGGCGCGAAGACCUCCAACAGGCCGAAAUACAUCGGCUUCGGCACCAUGAUCAUCGGAACUGGUUCACUCAUAUUUUCGAUGCCGGCUUUUUUGACAGGGCCGUACCGUCCGGCGAAAUCUGACCUCUGCACGGACAACGCGAAGGCUGCUGUGCGAGGUGAGGAGAAUGUGCACAAUUAUCGACUAAUGUACAGCAUGCUUGUCGUGGGCAAUUUCCUCCACGGAGUUGGAGCGACGCCGUUUUUCACCCUCAGUGUCUCAUACAUUGACGAUAUGGCAACAAAGGAAAAAUCAUCUAUAUUUUUAGGUAUUUAUUACAUGAUGGCUGUAAUUGGCCCUGCACUAGGUUAUCUAUUUGGUGGAAUUUUAGGAGAUGUCCACGUGGAUUUUUUUCGGCCCGAAAGUCAGAUACAAAAAGAUAUAACGCCAGCAAGUACUCAAUGGGUUGGAGCAUGGUGGCUGGGAUUUUUGGUCUGUGGAUGUAUUAGCUACUUCAUUGCCAUACCUGUCCUGGGUUUGCCAAGGCAACUUAAAGUUAAGAAAGAAGAGAAAAAAUCUAAAAUGAAGGAGAGUAUCAUGGUGGAGUCGUCGUUUUUGUCUGAUCAGCCUACACUCAAAGAGUUCUUUCCAGCGUUGUUUCACAUUUUCAAAAAUUUUCCAUUUAUGUUUCUAACAUUUGCUGGAUGUUGGGAAGCCAUCAUCCUCUCGGGGAUGGGUGCUUUUAUGCCGAAGCUACUCAGGAGACAGUUUGGCUUUUCUUCCCCCAAAGUGGCUACAAUAAUGGGGUCGGUUGCAAUUCCGAGCUGCCUCAUUGGGCUACUCCUUGGAGGGUACGUAAUCAAAAAGUGGAAUUUGUCGACCACUUCCAUCUUGAAGCUCUGCAUCGCCCUCACUAGCGCUGCUGGGUUUCUUCAGACUGGACUGCUAAUUUUUUGCAAAGAAAACGUACCAAAUGAUUUAGUAGAAAUUAUCGGCACUAACGACAACAUCGAACUGCUUCGGUGGGGCCUUGAGGAAAAGUGCAAUGCAAAUUGCAACUGCGGACAAGCGAUAUAUUUUCCCAUAUGUGAUGUCAACAAUGCAUCAUACUUCUCACCUUGCACUGCAGGAUGUCGUGAUUUUCGUGUCAUAUCAAAAUCAUCUAAGUUUUACUAUAACUGCUCAUGUAUUAAGUCUAAAUCGAGCGAAGGAUGGUCAGCGAAAAUAUGCGAAGAAAACUGUGAGAUUUGGAAAGUGACAAUAUUUCUUAUAACAGUGUUCUGCUAUCAAACAGUCACAUUCAGUGCCUGUAUUCCUGCUAUUACUGCAACACUGAGGAGUAUCCAUCCAGAUCUUAAAUCGCUAGGGCUUGGCAUCCAGUGGCUAAUGGUUCGAAUAUUCGGUUCGGUGCCAGGCUCUGUAAUCUAUGGGGCUCUGAUCGACCAAGCGUGCGUAUACUGGCCAAAAGAUUUCGGAGCGUGUAUAGUAUACGAUCAGGGCAAAUUCGGAAGAAAUAUAGCCUUAUUUGGAGUCAACUGCAAAGUCUUCGAGCUCAUUUGUUUUUUCAUUGCAUAUCGCUUGUACAAAUACCAACUUGUAAGUGAUAGUAAAAGAGUGAAACAAUCUGUAAUCCUUGAUAAGAGUGCAAAGGGAAUCACCGGGCAACCCAAAAAACUAUAAAACUAUAUCUAUAAAAGGGGAACUGAAAUAAAAAUCUAUUGUUAUAUUUCUUCAAAA